UGUAAUUGUGCAAGCCUUUUGUUAUGCUGCUAAUGUUUACCAAACUGAAUGAAUGAUUAAUGAUUUCAAACGGUUAUCUUUUUUAUGUACUGUUCGUGACAAAUGUUCAGACAUUUCAAAUAAUAUUUCAUAUAUUUUGUAUAUAAUAUAUAAUAUAAUCAUUGUAUUAUUUAUUUAUGUAGUAUAACUUAUCUGAAAUAUUUAUCUCCUAUUUUAUGUUGUUCAGAAAUGAUCUUGAAUAGCUUAGUUCUGCUGUGCUCUGAAGACUGUUAACUGAACUAUGAUCAGUAAAUAUCAUAAUUAAACAUUUAGGAUGAACGUCGUGUCUAUGUGUUCAAAUGUUCUUUGUCCGCGAUGGCCGUAGACAGACGAAAGCUCCAUCCAUUCCCAUCCUGUCUUCCUAUCCUGUGCCGUCAUGGGGAAAGAGAAGAUCCACAUCAACAUUGUGGUCAUCGGCCAUGUUGAUUCUGGGAAAUCCACCACCACUGGCCAUCUCAUCUAUAAAUGUGGAGGAAUUGAUAAAAGAACCAUUGAGAAGUUUGAAAAAGAGGCUGCUGAGAUGGGAAAAGGUUCCUUUAAGUACGCCUGGGUUCUGGACAAGCUGAAGGCCGAGAGGGAGAGAGGGAUUACCAUAGACAUUUCACUCUGGAAGUUUGAGACCACCAAGUACUACAUAACUAUAAUAGAUGCUCCAGGACACAGAGACUUCAUCAAGAACAUGAUCACUGGAACGUCUCAGGCGGAUUGUGCUGUUCUAAUUGUGGCAGCUGGAGUGGGUGAAUUUGAGGCGGGCAUCUCUAAAAAUGGGCAAACAAGGGAACACGCCCUGCUGGCCUACACGCUGGGCGUCAAGCAGCUGAUUGUAGCUGUCAACAAGAUGGACUCCACGGAGCCGCCGUACAGCGAGAAACGCUAUGAUGAGAUCGUUAAAGAAGUGAGCACCUACAUCAAAAAGAUCGGUUAUAGCCCCGCCUCGGUGCCCUUCGUCCCAAUUUCAGGUUGGCAUGGUGACAACAUGCUAGAACCUUCUUCUAAUAUGCCCUGGUUUAAAGGCUGGAAGCUGGACAGGAAGGAGCAGCAUGCCAGUGGGGUGACUCUACUGGAAGCUCUCGAUACCAUCAUGCCUCCAACACGCCCCACUGACAAACCCUUACGUCUGCCCCUACAAGACGUCUACAAGAUCGGAGGUAUAGGGACUGUGCCGGUGGGCAGGGUGGAGACCGGUAUCCUGCGGCCCAGUAUGGUGGUGACCUUUGCCCCAGCCAACAUCACUACAGAGGUGAAGUCGGUGGAGAUGCAUCACGAGUCUCUGACUGAAGCUCUGCCAGGAGAUAACGUAGGCUUCAAUGUGAAGAAUGUGUCUGUAAAAGACAUUAGAAGAGGUAACGUUUGUGGGGACAGUAAGUCAGACCCGCCUCAGGAAGCAUCAGGGUUUACAGCACAGGUCAUCAUUUUGAAUCACCCAGGACAGAUCUGCGCAGGUUACUCUCCUGUCAUAGACUGCCACACAGCUCACAUUGCCUGUAAGUUUGCCGAGCUUAAGGAGAAGAUUGAUCGCCGUUCAGGCAAGAAGCUGGAAGACAACCCCAAAAGCCUGAAGUCUGGAGACGCUGCUAUUGUGGAAAUGAUCCCAGGAAAACCAAUGUGUGUGGAGAGCUUCUCUCAGUACCCUCCACUAGGACGGUUUGCUGUCAGAGAUAUGAGACAGACUGUUGCAGUCGGUGUCAUCAAAAGUGUGGAGAAGAAGAUUGGCGGCAGCGGGAAAGUGACUAAAUCUGCCCAGAAAGCUCAAAAAACUGCCAAAUGAAUCUGAAUUUCCAAGUUACUUUGUCACCUCAGGCCCUGUCCCAGCUAACAUGCCCCUCAUCUGGGCAUGCUGUUCCCCCUGUGUGCUUGAAAUAUACGCUCAAACUGAAUGGAGCCUGAUGGACUGAAGGAAAUAAUGAAAGACUGACAUUAUUACAUUUUGACUGGUUGCGCUGUAUAUUCACUUUUAAUAGAAGAUCGGCAC